GAUGCCAUUUGGAAGAGCGUAAAGGACAAUGAAGAUUUUCGCUGUGUGCAUUGUGUUGCUAAGCUUUGUUCUAUGGGCAUCAAUUUUGAUUUUGGGCAUCAAUGUGAUCCGCGCCAUUACCAAAAGAAAAAUGUCAACCACAAACCUUCUGCUGAAUGGCCUGGUUGUGGCUGAUAUCUUCGCGGGCCACACCAUUUUGUAUAAUAUAGCCAUAGCUGUAUUCCACAAUGUGCGUUCUAAAAUACAAUUAGACUUCCGCCGUUUCAUCAUCUAUUGCUACAUGACGUCUGAGCCGAGUCUGGCCUUGCGAAUUACGACUACCACCCUCCUUGCUAUCCUAGUCUGCUUUUUUUACUUCAAAUACAGAAGCGAUGAAUUCUCGAACUGCACUCAGUUUGGCUUAGGAGCUGCCUGUACGGCGAUCUCAUGUGCGUUUGGCAUCGGAUUCUGUGUCUUUAUUGCAGGAUUGCUGCACCCCCAAAUAAUAACGUUCUCACCAAGAGACUGCAUUCCAGGUGUCAUGCCAGUGAAGCAAAACAUAUUUUCCUUGUUCGUGCUGUAUGCAGUGGUAGCCACAUUGCUUGGUUUAUACAACCAUGUCUUCUAUAAAAGGUUGUCGCGUGACCUUAUUGAGGCCGACAAUAAGUUUAAGAUGUUGUUGUGGAUAUUACGUCUGCACUGUAUUUUGUGGCUGCCGGAUUUGAUUCUCACGAUUGUCGCUCAAAGAACCGCCACCAGAAAUUUUUUUGGAGUCGCGUAUUACGAUUUAGUCAUCGAAUUGAACGAUUGCACUUCUCUGCUGGCGUUAUCCACCUCUUUCACCAAUCCUUUGAUGAUCUAUUUGUUUCCAGACAGUCAUGAAGACUUCGGUCAGGGUAGCCCUAAUCACGAGAGUGUGGGUGAAGAUGGCGCGGUGCCGUCAAACGAGAAUGAAAUUGAAUUGAAUGUGGUGUAACCCUCCACAACUCAGGAAGCGAAUGAU